AUGGUGGCCUAUAGGUUUGCUGAGGUAGCGGAGCUGGUGGACUGCACGUGCCUCGACAUCUAUGCCUGGCUCCGCCGCGCUCACGCCAGUGACCACCUACACGGGUACCUUGUGUACAGCGCGACGGGCGGGCACCAGGACCAGGAGACGACAGUGGCUGUGGGCGGCCAGAUCGCCAAAUGCCAAGUCGUGUGCCUCCAGCCCGAUGAAGCCGAGGAGGGCGUCGAGGCUAUGGGAGGACGGGUGGUGAGAGAUGGAGAUGGGACAGCUUUGCCUAGCCGACGAGCAGGAAGGUGGGGAGGAGGAAGUGCAGGCUCGCCUGGCCUGUUCCUACGGGCUGCAGCCGUUCCCCACGCCCACGCGGACACAGAGAGAGGGCAGAGCGAGCAGCCGAGCACCCUACCUGGCGUCCUGGCCGCUGGCUGUGCUGUGCGCGGUGCGCCGCCGCUCAGGGAGAGGGAGCCCACUGCCAGUGCCCACCAAACUGCCGAUUGCCGAAGCCGUGCCGUGCGCCCGUGCGCCUCCUCGACUCCUCAUCGGCGGAUCUGGGGCUCCGGGCGUCCGGGCAGUUCGGCUGCGCGCCUGGCCGCCUGCGGCCUGCCAUCACCGAUUCCAUUCAGGCUUCAGCUGUUCAGCACCAGCAAGGCAGCAGCCUGCACCCUGCAGGGCGGCUCGGGGCUCGGGCGCUGCCGCGCUGGGGAGUGGCCGCGUGGGGGGCUGGGGCUGGGAGCCUGGGACUGGGAGCGCACAGCGGAGGGCGGGCGGGCGGCUGCGGGGUGCGGCCGUGCGGGGGCAGCGGGGCUGCGGGCAACGCUGCAGGCCUGCAGCGGCAAGCAAAACUGCAGAACUGGUGGCUGGGCGCUGGGCGUUGGGCGCUGGGCGCUGGGGGCCUGGCCGCCUGGUGACUGGGGAGUCCGGGAGUGGGGAACUGUGGAUUGGCAGUUUGGCACAGUGAGUCAACAAAAAUUAAAUGAUUUUGUAGAUUUGAAGUCCUUCUUUAGUAGCAAUUUGUCGAGUGGCUCGGGUCCAAGUACCCGUGAAAGUGGAAAUGCUCUUGAAUCUGAAGAAGGGCAAGGGGAGGUGGGUGACCUGGGACUGGGAUUCGGAGAUUCAGCACCUGAAAUUGCAGAUUCUAUGGCACAAGUUGCUGUUGAAGAUACAUUAUUACUAAAUUUGCCAUCACAAGAUAUUGAAGGUAUUAAGGUUUUCAACCCGGUUGUCCAUCUUGUUUCUGAUCCAGGACUUCGUAUUCCUAUUGAGGGAUUUCAUCCAAACAUUAGAGAUGAUGUUAAGAGGGCUUAUUUGUUGAAGGGCCCGACACAACCUUUUGGCCAUGAUUUUCCUCGCAAGUUAUGUGAUAGCAGGGCAUUUUUAGAAACUUGGUUAAGGCAAAACGAUUGGCUAGAGUACAGUGUGGCAAAGGAUGCAGCAUAUUGUUUCUAUUGCUUUCUUUUUAAGCAGGAGCCCUUAGAGCAACAAUUUGGUCAUGAUGCUUUUACCAAAGCAGGGUAUAGGAAUUGGAAGAAUGCUUAUCAUGGACUUCCUCUUCAUAUUGGUGGGCCAACUAGUUGUCAUAAUAGAGCAAGGACAGCAUGUGAAGAUUUUAAGAAUCGAAGGGCAAGUAUCACACAUAGGGUUGAGACUAAUAGUGUUGAUGCUGAAAUGAAAUAUGAAGUUCGUCUGACAGCUUCUUUAGAUGUUGCAAGCUUCCUCAUUGCGCAAGGUCAUCCAUUUCGUGGACAUGAUGAAUCUCCCUCCUCCUUAAAUAGAGGGAAUUUCUUAGAGAUGCUUGAGUGGUAUAAAAAGAGGAAUGAGAGUGUAAAGGUUGCAUUUGAGGAGUUGUGUCCAUUAAAUGCCCAAAUGACUUCUCACAAGAUUCAAAAGGAUCUUACUGAAAGUUGUGCGAUAGAGAUUAGGGAAGUGAUAAAGGAAGAGAUUGGUGAUAAAUGUUUCUCAGUUCUAAUUGAUGAAUCUCGUGAUAUCUCAAUAGCAGAGCAGAUGGCUGUGAUUGUGAGGUUUGUGAACAAUAAAGGAAUGGUUGUGAAAAGGUUUUUGGGUCUCAAACAUGUGGAGGAUACAACAUCAAAUGCAUUAAAGAAAGCUUUGCUUGAGAUGCUUGCUGACUAUGGUUUAUCUGUUGCUAAACUUCGAGGGCAAGGAUAUGAUGGAGCUUCAAAUAUGAGAGGUGAAUUCAAUGGUUUGCAAAAACAAAUUCGUGAUGAGAACCCUUAUGCUUUCUAUGUUCAUUGCUUUGCUCAUCAAUUGCAGUUGGUCAUUGUUUCCGUUACAACUUGUUGUUCAUCUUUCUCUGAUUUCUUCAACUAUGUGAGUUUGAUUGUGACUAGUGCUAGUUCAUCUUGUCGAAGGAAAGAUAAGUUAAUUGCACAUAAUCGCGAUACCAUUUUGCAAAAGUUGGAUAGUGGUGAGAUUUUUUCAGGAAAGGGGAAAAAUCAAAGAACAAACUUGGUUAGACCUGGUGAUACAAGAUGGGGUUCUCAUUUCACAACAUUACUCCGUAUUGAGUCAAUGUGGGAUUCUGUGGUCAGAGUGUUGUCCAUGAUUCAUGGGGAUGAGCGUAAUCCUGGUCGAGCAGCUGGUUUGGUACGCAAAAUGGAGAGCUUUUCCUUUGUUUUAAAUAUGAAAUUGAUGUUGCAAGUUCUUUGCAUUACAAAUGAGUUGUCUCUCUUGCUACAAAGAAAGGAUCAAAAUAUUGUUCAGUCUAUGUCAUUACUAGUUGAUGUCAAGACACGUUUGGUCACCUUGCGAAAUGAAGGUUGGGAGCCAUUAUUUAAAGAAGUCAAAUCUUUUUGUGUUGCUAAAAAGAUUCCACUACCAAAUAUGAAUAAGCCCAUACCAAGAUGGGGUCGCUCAAGGCUUGAUGGUGACUUGAUAACUCAAGAGCAUCAUUAUCGUGUUGAUACUUUCUUUGCUGCUCUUGAUGCUAUUAUCACGGAGAUGGAUCAUCGCUUUAAUGAGGUAUCAUCAGAGUUACUUGUUUGCUUAUCCUGUCUUCAUCCAAGAGACUCAUUCGCUAAGUUUGAUGUUGAUAAGAUUGUUCGUCUGACGGAGAUCUAUGAUCAUGAUUUCUCAAUUGUUGAGCGUUCGCUUAUAAGGGAUCAACUUGAGACCUUCAUUCUUCACGUGCGAAGAGUUGAUGAUUUCAAAGCUUGUCAUGAUCUUGGAAGCUUAGCCAUGAAAUUGAUAGAAACUGAAAAAUAUCUUGCUUUUCCUCUAGUCUAUCGCAUCAUAGAGUUAGCAUUGCUCCUUCCAGUGGCAACGGCAUCGGUUGAAAGAUCUUUCUCGGCUAUGAAUAUAAUCAAGACAGAUUUACGCAAUAGGAUAUCCGAUGAGUGGCUCAAUGACUUGAUUUUGUGCUACAUUGAGAAGGAUAUUUUUAGAGGACUUGAUUCGGAUAAAAUUAAGAAGACAUUUCAAGUUAUGAAAGAUCGAAAAAUGAGCUUGCCUAAACCUCCUAAAAGACCUAGACAUUCUUAGUGUUUUAUGAGUGGUAUGUCUUCUCGUAAUAUUAUCUACAUUUUUGCAAUAUAUGAUCACUUAAUUAUCACUCACUAAUUGAAUAAUUUUUGAAUUUGACAGGUUUGUACUAUAUCUUUUGAUAUAUGUUGAUUUAUAUGGUUUAAGAAUCGUUGUUUACUCGACUACUUGUAUA